GUACGGUUUCGGUUCUCUAAAUACCAAAAUUUUGAACUCAUUCGGAUAUUUAAUCAAUUUCGGUUCGGUUCGGUUCGAUACUACUUUUUCGGAUCGGGUUCGGUUCGAUACUACUUUUUCGGAUCGGGUUCGGUUCCGUUUUUCGGAUUUGAUUUUUUUCCCAGCCCUAACUAAAAUAUUGAUAUGGAAAAAUAAAAAUUAGAGAUACAAUUCAUUUUGAAGACUAAUAAAAAAUAAAUUUCUUUAUAUAUAAAAUUUAUAUAUAUCGUAGUUAUUAAUUUAUGAUUUCAAUACGACUAUAUAUUUAGUUAGGAGUUUUCUAAAUAUUAUUAUCUUAUUAUCUUAUCGAAUUAUAUCAUACUUUAAACACUCCCAACUUGGAACAAAAAGAAUUUAUAAAUUUAUGGUAUUUAUUAAUUUAUGCGUGGGUGAAAGCAUUUUGUGACAAGUUGGUAUUAGCUUGAUGUGGUGGGACUGUUGGUUAUGUUCGGUUCUUGCUGUCAUGGUAUCUUCGUCUCAACCUAACUCGUUAUUUGGGUUCGUCUUUGUGGUUUGUGUUCGAUGUGAAGGUAUCUAGCUACUACAUCUUUCCUUGGUCCUCUGUGGAUAUGGAAUAUGGUUUCUAGACGAAGCAGUUGACAUGUUCUUCAGUUCUUCUCUUGUGAGGAGGUGGGCAGUCUUUGUUAUGUAGGUCACUUUGUUGUCUUGCGAGUGUCCGCGUGUAAGAGCUGGUGGUCUUCUUUGACGUUUUAUCAAGUGGCGUUUCAAGUUCUUUGGCCUUGUACUUUAGAUUUGGUGAGGGAUUUUGGUCAUGCAAGUUUUGGAUGGAUAGUAGCUGCUGGAGUUGUUGUAGAUUUGACCUUGCGAUUGUUUCUGAUGUUGAUGUUCUAGUUUGGCUUGGUGAUGUUCCCUUCAGGGUUGGGAUCGCUCAAUACUUUUGCUCCUUAGUUCAGCUUUAGUGUUACAUUGUUCUAUGGAAAGGUGGUGAGUAAUUAUUGGAUCAUCAGUUCCAGCUCUAGCUCCAUUGUCUCUCUAUAUAUUAUUUGUCUACUGUUUUAAAAUCUAUCGGUUUUUUUGGUUAGUAUCAUGUCUCCCUCUUUUGGGCUAUUGUCUCUGGAGAUUUAUUCAUGUUCCGCCGAUUCAUGUAUUUCACCUUGUAUCUUUUCAAUGAAUGAAAUAAAUUUCUGAGUUAAAAAAACUUUAUAGAUUUUUUAUUGUACUUUUGGAACAAUACUUAGGUUCACUCCCUAUAGUGAAUGUUUAAAUUUACCUCAUCUUUUAUAACCAACCAAAAUGUUAUGUAAGAUUAGUUAAAAAAAAGUAAAAUUUUAAAAUAAAUGGCUGGAAAAAACAAUGUCGGCGUUAGUGCCAUCUGCAAAACCCGAAACUGUAAAACUCUAAAAUCUAAACCUUAAACCCUAAACUUUAAACCCCAAAUCCUAAACCCCAAACUCUAUAUCCUAAACUUUAAACCCUAAAUCCUAAAUCCUAAAUCCUAAAUCCUAAACCCUAAACUCUAAACACUAAACCCAAAACUCUAAACCAUAAACCUUAAACCAUAAAUCAGAAGCUCUAAACUCUAAAUCUUAAAUCCUAAAUUCUAAAUCCAAAAUUUUAAACCAUAAACUAGAACCCUAAUCAAGUGUUUUGGGUUUAUGAUUUAGGGUAGUGUUUAGGGUUUAGAGUUUAAGAUUUAGGUUUAGGAUUUGGAGUUUGAAGUUUAAGUUUUAGGUUUAGGAUUUAGAUUUUAGAUUUUUAAAGUUUCGGGUUUUGCAGACGGUGUUAAUGUCUGUGUUGUUUUUUUAGCUAUUUAUUUUUUGGUUUUAUUACCAUAUUUAACUAAUUGUACAUGGUACUUUAGUUGGUUAUAAAAAGUAAAGUAAAUUUAACCAUUCAACAAAAGGGUAAACCUAAGUAUUAUUCGUACUUUUAUUGUAAUUUUAUGUUAUUUAUAUAAUAGAUGUAAAAACGGUUUCAAAAUACGUGUUUGGAUUGAAAACUGAUAUAUCAAAUUGGUUCUACUAAUAAAAUAUAAAAUUUAAAACAAUAUUUAAUUCUACGGUUUUCAACAAAACCAAAUCAAAACCAACUUUCAUUUUUUUUUUGAACUGAUUCUCAACCAACUUUCAUCUUAGUUACAUUUUGUUUUUGUUUCUCCUUUUCGGUUGCAGUUUUUUUUACCAACCCUAGUUAAGCGUUGAAACAUUGAAUAGCAACCCUACGGAAAGUAGUGGCUGAUCUCCUACGAAACGUAAUGGCUGAUCUUCUAUAGAGAAAUCAAAUGUACGAGUUGUUUAAAAAAAAGAGAAAUCAAAUGUACGAUACCAUCCUUCGGUUAAUAUUUUAUAUGUUUCUUUUUCCUUUUUCUAAAAUACCUCGAUUGUCCAGUAAGAUUCAUUUCAGGAUACCUUCUCGUAGGAUAUAGACUUGAGCAGUCAAUGUACUCAUCUAUAAAAUUAAGCUCAGUGUCUUAUUAUUAGCAGCUUACCUCUCCACAGAAAUCUAAUUCAAAAAGUAUCUGCCGAUGAGGAGUCUUAUAUUUCUCGCAAUUUUAUCUCUCUUGGCUUUAACCUUUCCCGUAUCCAUUGCUUCUGAACCAAGCCCCGUUCAAGACUUUUGUGUCGGCGUAAACACCCCAUCCGAUGGUGUGUUUGUUAACGGAAAGUUUUGCAAAGACCCAAAGCUCGCCACAGUAGACGACUUUUUUUUCACAGGGCUUGACAGGCAAAGAAUCGCAACUAAUGCGGUCGGAACAAAUGUGACACCUGUCUUUGCUGAUAACCUUCCUGGGCUCAACACCCUUGGAAUAGCAUUUGCUCGUGUAGAUUAUGCACCAAACGGGCUGAUCCCACCUCAUACCCAUCCACGUGCUAGCGAGUUCUUGAUUGUCCAAGAAGGAUCGCUUUACGCGGGGUUUGUCUCGUCAGACCAAGACGGAAAUCGUCUAUUCUCCAAAAUACUCAACAAGGGUGAUCUAAUUGUGUUUCCAGUAGGACUCAUCCAUUUCCAUGUCAAUGUGGGACGAGGCCCAGCAGUUGCAUUCACUGCUUUUAAUAGCCAAAACCCAGGUCUCAUCACUAUUGCUAAAACCGUGUUUGGGUCUAACCCGCGGAUAAACCCAAAUGCUCUUGCAAAAGCAUUCCAGUUGGAUCCUAGGAUUGUCAUGAGCCUACAGACCAAAUUCUGAUCAUGGAAUGAAAAAUAUUGAGCUUUUAACUGCUUUCGCUUUCUUUCCGUUGUCUGAAUAAGGAUCAUGUAUUCCAUCACUGCAUCAAUGAAGUGACAUAAAGUCAUAAUGUAAUGCUUACAAAACUACGUCUCCUGUCCACUUCACGUGUCUUAAUUUCCUAUCUAUCAAGAUAUGUAAAGAAUGAAAACAAAAACGAAACAAAUUUUUUUUUUUUUUGGUGUUAAACACAAUUUUUUUUUAAUGUUAAAAAGAAAAUUCGUUUUUAAUUUUAAUAAACAAAUUGUUUCCCACUUUUGAAAAAAAGGAACUAAAAUAGGCCGCGCUCGGUUUUAUAAAUUCUUAGUUAGACCAAAAUAAUCUUUAAUUUAUAUUGGAGUGAUUAACACCACACAUCAUAAUCAUAGUUUGAUUUUGAUGACAACGUGUUAGAUCCUUGUAGCAAACCACAUCAUCUUUUCGUUUUUAAUAGUUAAAUACAUAUAAAUUAAACAUUACAUAAUUCCAUUACAUAUAUAUGUUUAUAAAACAAAAAUAUUACCAAGAUUUAUUUAUAUUAUUAGAAAUUAGUUUGUAUCCGUUCUUUAAAUUUCAAACUAUGA